AGAACUUUCUUCGAUCGCUGCUUCCAUGUUGAAUUUGAAUGCCUUCUGUUUGCCGCGGCGGCCACAGCUCCUUACAACAGCUCCUCGGAUGACUUCAGUCUCGGCGGCUCCGUGGAUGGCCCCCCCACCCUGUCCACGUUUCUAUCAGCCCCAUCAUCACUGGCAGCCUCAUCAUCGUCUGCGGCGGAGGCGCCACCACAAACGGAUGCCACGAAUCACACUUUCAAGAGUUUAGCCUUCCUGGCCGGCAUCGGCGGCAUCGGCCCCGUGUCCUUUGGCUCAGAUCUCUUUGCACUCGGGACGGAAACGGAGAUGGACAGGGACCGAGGCAGGGACCGGGACACGGACUUGUACUCGGACCUCUCCCAGUCUCUGCCAAUUUUCGACUUUGGCAUGCCGCGCAACAUCACCGGACGCACUGGCCACACCGAGGCCAUAAUUAAAUGCCGCGUGGACAGUCUCCAUGAUAAAUCGGUAUCCUGGAUACGGAAACGUGAUCUGCAUAUCCUGACUGUCGGCACAGCCACCUACACCUCGGACAAGCGUUUCCAGGUAACCGAAUCGAAGGAUGCCAGGGAGUGGACGCUGCACGUGAAGUCGCCGCAGGCGCGGGACAGCGGCAUCUACGAGUGCCAGGUCAACACGGAGCCCAAAAUGUCCAUGGCAUUCCAGCUGAACAUCAUCGAAAUCUCACCUGACGCCAAGGCCGUUAUCAGUGGGCCACCGGAUCUGCACUUCAAGGCGGGCAGUGCCAUAAUCCUCAAUUGCGUGGUGCAGCAGCCCUCCGUCAAGGACAUUGGACCGAUAUACUGGUAUCGCGGCGAGCACAUGAUCACCCCAUUCGAUGCAGACGACGGAGAGACAUCCCCGACAUCCCCCAAACAGGAACUGCAGGGAAGGAAUGGGGCUUCAGAGAUGGACUCCUCGCCGAAUGAUGUGCUCAGCGAUGUGGACCUGCAGCGGGAGUUUGCCACACGCAUCGCCAUGGAGUCACAGCUGGGCGACACCCUCAAGUCCAGGCUGCGCAUCGCCAAUGCCCAGACGACGGACACCGGCAACUACACGUGUCAGCCCACAACGGCCAGCAGCGCCAGUGUCCUGGUCCAUGUGAUUAAUGAUGAGAACCCCGCUGCGAUGCAGAAGAGCGAGGCAUUUGCUCUGCCCGGACUCGGCCUCCGCCUGGAGCUUUGUUGGAUGUUCCUCUUGGUAUUAGCUCUCAGUCGUUGAAAGCGAAAGUUGUACCCCAGAAGCAUCAUCAUCAUCAUCGUCCUUAUUCUCAUCAUCGUCCUCAUCGUUAACUUUGUUAUUGCAAACAGAAAAAAUACAGAGACAGAGACAGACAGGGAGAGAGAGAGAGAGGGCGAGAGAUAGUGUGUAACAAAUGGGAAAACACGAGGAAAAUUAUAUGUGUUUUUUCCCAGUUGCUCUUCGAGAGAUGUUUUUUAGAAAUGCUGGUAAAAGGAAUGGCAAACACGGGCAUGGUCCCGCUUUCCCUUUCAAGCAUAAUGUGUUUCCUUUUUAAUAUUUACAUUUCAUUGUGCAAAAAUGAGACACUGAGCCCCGGAAAAUGCAAUGGAAAAUGCAAAAGGACGGGCCGGCGAGAUGCGAGAGGCGAGAGGACAACCAGAAGGAGGCAGACGCGAACCACAGAAGGACAGAAGGAUGACACUCUCUGUAAAUACCACAAAGAUGCGGCUCAGCCCAGCAUCGUCUCUCUUCUAUCAUACAACAUGUAUAGUGCCGUGUAAAAGUCUCUGUACGACCAUACAUACAUACAUAUAUAUAAAUAUAUAUAUUAUUCACCUACUCUUAGUGAUAUGAUAACAACGGACACUAAAAUAAGCGCGUACUAUUAGGGACCACCUAUUUUGAUACCGUUUUAGUUACCAAUUUGUUUUGCCCCAAAAAACAUAUAUUUUUCUGUUUUCUUUCUUGCCGAUAAGCCCAGGCUCAAUCUGAAAUCUUCCUUCUUUAAGUUUCCUCAAGUUCAUUUAUAACCCUCUAGAUAGCCAAAAAUGGUUGUCAAAUGCAGACUUUCAUCCGCCACUGUGCGUAUGUAAAAGUGUAUUUUAUUUCGUUACUCUGUUCCCAGUUCUCCCUCUUCCUCUCCCUCUCUCUGUCUCUACUCUCUUUUCAUUGUCAAUCCUCAUCGAGAAGACAAAGAGGAGCGUACCACGCAUCGACUUGAUAAACAUUUCAUGCUGUCUUAACAGAGAGAGCAAAGCUAACCCAAAGAAAGCCCUAAGAAUAAAAAGAAAAGAAAACCAACACACAGUCUGUGGCACAAGUAUGCAGCCAUACCCACACUACUACUACUACCCGAAAAUUGUAAUAUAUAUAUAAAACAAAGAAAAACUCUCAUCAAGUACUCUGUAAAAAAAACAGAGAAAGAAGGAAAGUAAAACUGUCAUCAAAUAACAGAAGAGAAAGAAAGAAAGUAAAACUUAAUUAUAAAAACUAAAUUGUAUGGAAUUUAUUUAUGGGCAAAAUGAAAUUUAGUCACGCGGCGGCCCAUAUUCAAAUGAAUAUGGAAAAUGGCAAUCGAAAAAGCGAACAACGAAAGAGACCUAAAUGGAAUUCGCAAAUGAAAAGCGAAAUCAAUUGCGGCAUGCUUGACUAAAUUUGACGUUGCACAUGGAUUGAGGAUUGUGGAUUGUGGAUUGUGGAUUGCGGAUUGUGUAUGUGGUGUGUAGCAAAUAUACAUAUUACGAGUUCUCGUACUCGUUCUCGUAUGGGUACUAUGGGUAGGCAUGAAUUUACUACACGUAAGCCAGUAAGCAGAUUUUAGAUAAUUUAUGUGAUGACAAACCAAACGAUAAAUAAAUCAAUGGAAUGAAUUCUUUCAACAAUAAAAUGAAAUGAAACUAAAA